AUGCAGUUCAAAUACAACCGGCGCGGCACACGGCCCAAACAUACAACGUUCAAGGAAUGGCUUGGCUGGUGCCGCACUCCGACGACGAUGGUCCUCCUCCCUGAGGCUCCCCCCAUCCUGUACGUAAGUCGCAACGCUUCUCAGGACCCAUCAUGCGGUGAAGCUUUUCUCCAAAAUGACGAGCCUAUCCCCGACAGUCAGGGCCCCGCAAACCGUCCCAUCUCUCGCUAUGGUCAGACUGGUUUGGUCUUCCCGGUCACGACACACUGCGAAAAUCUGUACACAGAUACGUGUCUGACGCGAUGGCCAGACCUCGUCUCCAUCGCCCUGUUCAAGACUCUUAUUGGUGACCGCAGAUUGAAUCGCUGGGCGCAAAGCGCGGGCAUCUCAAACACCCGCAUCCCGCGUCCUACUACAGCAUCAAUCCACGACACGACACCAAUACCACGAUAUCACGAUGCCACGAUGUUCGUGCAUUGGCAACAUAGUCAUAGUCCACAGGUCCAAAGAGAUGCGAGAGUCAUCGCCAAUGCAGGGCAAUUUGCCAAAUGCACUCGACACCGCCUCAGCAGCAGCAGCAGCAGCACUGCGGGAGGCUCAAUUGAGUGCCUCUGCUCAUACCUACUUUUACUUGCCGAUGACUUUCAGCGGGGGGUGCCACCCACGGCUACGCGGGCACACAUUCCUGCGAGGGUUGUGGAACAUGGGAAUCAAUUAAAAGCUGAGACAAAUGAUGCAGCCCAGCCCAAGCCAGCCGGCGGCCCAGACAGACUUCUCCGAACGGGAUGCCACACCUCCAAAGCAAGGUUGCAAACCCACCACACGAGCCACAGGCAUCCAGGUCUGCACGCGCCACGGGGAAGCCGACUCAGCCAAUGCCAAGUCCUAGCCUCCGGUGGUGAAGAGUUUCCACCAGGCCUCAGAAGCCAAGCCGUAGGCCGAGCCAAGCUAUUUGUGGUCGAACGGCGCGUUUAUUCGAUUUGCCCUUUCUACCAGCCUCGAACCCACCAGCCUAUCGCCGAAUCAUCGGCCCAGAACCCCAAACACCACAAAUGCCAAAAAGCACCUGCUGAAUAA